AUGCCACUGCCAACCUCGACCCAAAGUUUCUUUGAAAGGCUCAAGAAGUUUGUCCUAGCAUUGAUUGACCGCAUACGUCCGAAAAAGCAUAAACCAUCACCCUCGAGAAACCACAGUACCAUGGCAAAACAACUGGUGCUCUCCACUGGUAACAUCGUAUCCGGCGGCCCCUCCAUCAUCCGCAAGCCGGGCGCAUACCGCUCCAACCUCGAGCUCACAAACUCGCUGCGCAGCAACUUCCUCGCCGCGAAGCAGGAGUACGCAUCAGCAACACCGACCACCAAUGGCCACGCCAACGGCAGCGCCGCCGCCACGAAGACGACGCCAAACGGCAUAGCCGACGAUGCCGCGGCAGCAGCAGCAGACACAGAGCCCAUCACCCCCACCACAAAAACACCCACCCCGCUGCCGUCGUGGACGUCGCCGGACCCCGCCGACGGCACGAUCUACAUCCCCCGCAUAGACUGGUCGCCCGACACGGGCUUGCAGGAGGACCCGUCGCAGUACGACAUCACGGUCAAGAUCUUCUACCUGCCGACGUCGGACGUGGCGUCGCGGGCGGCCUACACGCGGCGGGCGCUGUCGCUCGUCCUCAGGGAGCUGGGCGUGUCGUCCGUGUCGCUGCUGAUCGCCUCGUUCCCGGGCAUGUCGUUCGAGGGCGACUGCGAGUGGGAGGCGGACAAGCUCAACGCGUCGCAGGGCGACGACGGGUCCGAGCUGGCGACGUGGGCGCGGGCCCUCGAGCCGCUGCACGACGAGGGCGUGGCGCGCCAGCUGGGCAUCGCCGAGUUCGGCAGCGAGAAGCUGGGCCGCUUCCUCGCGGGCGCCCGCGUCAAGCCCGCCGUCGACCAGAUCAACAUCCGCAACUGCUGCAACGUGCCCCCGCCCCUCGUCAGCCUCGCCCGCGCCGAGGGCAUCGAGCUCUUCGUCCACAGCGACUGCACCGACAUCCUGCCCAAGGGCACCCUGCGCGAGCUGCUCGGCCACGGCGUCAGGGGCGCCGCCGUGCUGGCCGACCCGGCAGAGGGUGUCCACGACGGACUGAAGGGUGACCUGACGCCCCAGUGGGUCGUCAAGUACACCGCUGUGGUGAGGGACCGGGGCGUCAUCGAGAAUAAGGGUUAUUUCGCCGGCGCCGGGCUAGUCGAGGAGUAA